AUGUCUUCAUUCACCUUUUCAUGGCCAAAAGGUCCUCAAGAAGUUAUCCUUACUGGUACUUUCGAUAACUGGGCUAAAACUUUAUAUUUAGUCAAACAAGCUGAUGAAUCAUUCUCUUUAACUGUUCCAUUCCCAAAAUCCGAUGAACCAGUUCUUUAUAAAUAUGUUGUUGAUGGUGAUUGGGUUGUAUCCACAACUCAAAGAAUUUCAAAAGAUGAAAGUGGUAAUGAAAAUAAUAUUUUAGAAGCUUCUGAUUUAAUUGAACCAAAAUCAGUUUCUGGUUCUUCUAUUCCUGAAGCUGGUGGUUUAAUUGCUGCCACUGGGUUAGGAGCUGCUGGUAUUGCAGCCGUUGCUGCCACUACUCAUACUGAUGAUUUAAAAACUACUGUUUUACCAUCAACUGAAGGUGUUCAAACUACUUUAGGUGAACCAGGUAUUCAUGUUCCAAAAGAUCCAGAAGCUUUAGCUGCAUUUGAACAAGUGAGAGAUGUUGAUCCAAAAACUUUAAAUGAACCAGAAUUAUCAGCUGAAGAAAAGAAAAAACAAAAGAAGAAAGUGAAGAGAACUCAAUAUAAAAAUAAAAAGAAGAAGAAGGCUGCUGGUGAUGCUACUUCUACUACUGAAGGUGAAACCACCGAAGAACAAACUCCAGAACCAACUUCUAAAGAUGAAGAAUUGGCUGUUGCCGCUGCUGCUACCGCUGCUGGUGCUGCUGGUGUAACUGCUGCUGUUGCCGGUGUUCCAGUUGCCGCUGAACAUGAAGUUGAAGCUCCAAAGGAAGUUGUUCCAGAAACCAAAGCUGAAGAAGCCGUUCCAGAAGUUAAGGAUGCUGAAGAAGUUGUUCCAGAGACUAAGGCUGAAGAAGAAGUUGUUCCAGAAACUAAGGCCGAAGAAGAAGUUGUUCCAGAAACCAAAGCUGAAGAAGAAGUUCCAGAAGUUAAAGAAGCUGAAGAAGAAAUUCCAAAGACUUUAGAUCCAAAGGCUGAGGCUGAACCAGAAGUUGAACCAGUUGCCGAAACUGUCACCGAACCAGUUGCAAAUGGUGAAGCUGCUGCUGUUGAAAAAGAAGUUGAUGCUUCUCCAGUUGUCAAAAAACCAAAGUCAUACGAAUCAGAUGAAGAAAUAGUCAUCGCUCAAGGUACUGACGCAAAGAAAGAUAUUGCUGCUCAAAUUGCUGCUCAAGAAGGUGAUGUUACUGUUGAAGAAAUCCAACCAACUGAAUCAGAAAAAGCUAGAUUAACCUCAGAAGCCAAUAUUCCAAAAGCUGAAGCUAAAGUUGCUGCUACCAAGGCUGCUACUCCAGCCAAGGCCAAGGUUCCUGCUGCUUCUUCUACUGCUGAUAAGAAGAAGAAAGAAAAGAAACCAAACUUCCUUGUAAGAUUAUUCAAGAAAUUAGGUGAUUAA